AAAAGAAUAUUUUUUUUGUCGCCAGAUUACCAGGUCUUCGUUGGGGUUCUGAAAACACCAAAUAAGAAAUAAGAAACUUUGUUUGAAUAAAUAUAAUUUCGUAUAUUUUAUUUCGUCAUUCCGAUAGUUUCCAUCGGCAAGUAGAGGAUCUUGUUAUUUUGUUUGGAAAUUGUGAAUUCUGUGUUAGGGUUUGAGUCAAUGAAAGGGGUUGAAAUGCAGCAGCAGCUAGAAUUAGGGAGGAGCGGUGAGAGUCACAGUGAUUCUGAUCCUCUGCUACAGAAUCAGGCUGAUGCAAGUUCCACUCAAGAAAUCACCGUCAACAAUGAUGAUAUUGAAAACGUUUCUGUUCCUUGUUGCCGUAUUUGUCUCGAAACCGACUGCGAACCAGGUGAUGAAUUGAUAUCUCCAUGCAUGUGCAAAGGAACCCAGCAGUUUGUUCAUCGUUCAUGCCUUGAUCAUUGGCGCUCAGUUAAGGAAGGAUUUGCUUUCUCUCAUUGCACAACUUGUAAAGCUCAAUUUCAUCUUCGAGUUGCUUUGUCGGAGGACAACUCCUGGCGCAAAAUGAAAUUCAGACUUUUUGUUACAAGGGAUAUUGUCUUUGUAUUCUUUGCUGUACAAAUUGUCAUUGCUGCAAUGGGUGGUUUUGCAUACCUUAUGGACAAAGAUGGGACCUUUAGGAAUUCGUUUAGUGAUGGAUGGGAUCGUAUACUGUCCAAGCAUCCUAUACCAUUUUAUUAUUGCAUAGGAGUACUGGUCUUCUUUGUGCUUCUUGGGUUUUUUGGCCUCAUAUUACAUUGUUCCUCCCUCAAUAGUAAUGAUCCAAGGAUGGCUGGCUGCCAGAACUGCUGUUAUGGAUGGGGAAUUCUAGACUGUUUCCCUGCUUCCAUGGAGGCAUGCUUUGCAUUGGUUGUGGUUUUUGUCAUCCUCUUUGCCAUUCUGGGAAUCGCUUAUGGCUUCCUUGCUGCCACAAUGGCCAUUCAAAAAAUUUGGCAGAGGCAUUACCACAUCCUCAUUAAGAGGGAGCUUACAAAGGAGUACAUAGUGGAGGAUCUACAUGGCUCUUAUUCUCCAGCGAAAUUGGACUCUGAACAUGAAGAACGUCUGAAAAUGGUUAAGCUUUUAUAAUGACAAGGAGAGGAAAUUUAUAAAACAUAUGGAAUGAAUCUAAUCAAACAGGAGUUACAAGCUACAUUGUGUGUCUGGAAAGAAAAAAAUAAUAAAAAAGCUACCCUAUAAUAUUUAUUUGUUCCCUAAAACUUGAACAAAGCUAAGAAAGAGCAUAUAGUUGCAGCUCACUCCAAACGCUGAGAGUUGUGCAAAGCUGACUGGAGGUCACCCAUCAUUAUAUGCUUGUACAUACAUUUGUGCUUGUUCAGCCUUUGUCGAACAAUUGAAUGACAUGAAUUCCUCUUUUCUUUGUGUUAUAUAAA